CUUUCAGUGAAGCAGGCUGUUUAAAUGUCCCAAUUUGUGCCCUCCGCGUCGAAAUAUCCACACCCAUGAUGCCAGAAGAUGUUCACACGGUGCUGACAAAAUAGUCGUUGUUACCUUCUAUUAUACGGCCAUCGCUAAGCAAACAGGGACAUGCACGGCCCAUGAUGUAAGCAGCCACCACUACAAUAGUUUUCCCCAAAACUGGCGAGCGUAGUACACUCCCGCUGUCCCACUUCAUACUGGCCACUGAUGGAAGCAUGACGAACAUAUUCCGUCGCUCUUGAACUUAUUGAAGUUACACAAUUUGAAGAAAUGCUACGUUUCAUACUCUUGACAUUUUUGUGCCAGUCUGUUGCAGAACAACCAAAUGUCUUAUUUCUGGUAGCAGACGACAUGCGCCCAGACAUUGAAGCAUUCGGCCAUGUUGACGGCAUUGUCCGUCCCAAGAUGCACACCCCUAAUUUGGACAAGUUAGCCGGAAGGAGCCUGCUGUUAAAAAAGGCCUAUGUCCAGCAAGCCUUGUGUGGACCAAGCAGGACAUCACUUCUGACCAGCAGACGACCGGACACAACUCGGGUGUACGACUGUAAAACGUACUGGAGAACCUCAGGCGGUAACUUUACCACUCUCCCGCAAUAUUUCAAGGACAAUGGAUACAGAACAGUUGGAAUCGGGAAAAUAUUUCAUGGCGGCAAAUCAUCAAAUCAUCAUGACCCCAUGUCCUGGUCGGAUCCUUAUUUGGACGCACCUGAUAAAUACAAGAAGGACAAGCUGUUGAUGAAUGCUGUAAGUCAAGGACGGUUGAACAAACAACCUCUACAAGAUACUUUGGUAGCGGACCAUGCCAUUGGUGUGUUACGUGAUGUUGCGUCUAAGGCCCAAACUGGUAAGCAGCCAUUUUUUCUUGCUGUUGGCUUCCGUAAGCCUCAUAUGCCGUGGACAUUUCCCGACAGAUUUCUGAAAUAUUACCCACUUGAGGACAUUCCGAUUCCGGAUAAUUAUUAUGCGUCAACUGAUAUGUCUAAGAUUGCAUGGCACACAUACAAAAACAUGGGAAGUUAUAAGGACGUCAAAGCCUACAAUCUGAAGAAGGUCGGAUCAUUCAAUUUCACGUUUCCUCCAAGGCUAACUCGACGCCUUCGUCAGGCAUAUUACAGUGCAGUCAGCGCCACAGACUUUGAGCUCGGGCGUGUUAUCAAUGAACUUGAUCGGCUAGGUCUAUCAAAGAAUACUAUCAUCUCCUUCUGGGGGGACCAUGGCUGGCAGCUCGGGGAACACGCUGAGUGGCAGAAACAGACUAAUUUUGACCUGUCGACUCAUGCGCCGAUGAUGCUUCGCAUACCAGGGAAAACAGACAGUGGGAUAGUGUCAGAGGAGCUGGUGGAGUUUGUUGACCUGUUUCCCACUCUUGUUGAUGCUGUGGGAAUUCCAAGGCUUAAUACAUGUCCCAAAAAUUCGAAUAAGGUUCGACUCUGUACUGAAGGUACUAGUUUUCUACCACUGGUCGACAAACCCAAGCAAGCGUUGAAGAAAGCCGUCUUUUCUCAGUAUCCUAGUGAAGGCCGUGGAUUGAUGGGCUACACAGUGACAACCAAGAGGUACAGGUACACAGAAUGGGUGCCGUUCGUUGGUAGACCCCGUAGACCAAAGUGGUGGAGUGUGAGGGCGGCGGAGCUGUAUGAUCAUCAGGUAGAUCCGGCGGAGAAUGUGCAGCAAGCUAACAAGCGUUCAAAGAAGAAUCUGCGGCAAAGUCUUAGAAGGCAGCUGCGAAAAGGAUGGCGGGCAACCACACCACAGUGAAGCAGAAUGCAGGCAUCCUACUUCUACAGGAGAACAUGACUUGAUGGAAUAUUGUCAUUUGCCAAAACGCCAGAAACCAUAGUCUGUUAAACCAUUCUCAAUAUAAAAAAUGAGUGUUUGGAUAUCAUUAAAACAGUUAAGUUUG